UUUAAAUAUUUCGAAAUGUACUUAUGAACUGCUUAUAUAUAUUAAUGAACACGGGUAAACCCAGUAUAACUAGAUAACGGAAACCAAAGAGAGUUUAAUCUUUAUUAAUUAUGGCUUCAAGAAACUGUGUUUUCGGAGUCCUUAUAUGUUGUUGCUUGGUGGGGAGUUGUACGGCCAACACAUACGCUGAGCCCUACAGUUGCUAUGUGGAUGUGUGCAACGAGGGCUCCGACGCGCAGUUCUGUGACGAAGUCAUAAGGCACUGUCGUUUGUGUGAUGAAGUGAGGGACGACUGUUUUUCAAGACUGCAAACUUGUAACUGCUCACAAUUCUGUUCCGAACAUAAGUUAAGACUGGACAUAGAAAAGCUUCGAGUUGGGGGAUGCCAGGUACCUUCUCCGCCACAACAUGGUCGGUAUGCUGUCAAUACCACCACAGUACCACUCGGAGCUACGUUGACAGUCGUUUGCGAUGCAGAAUAUACUGUUCGAAACGAACACCCUAUGAGAUGUAGUAAUUUCUCGACGUGGACUGGAUCUCCGACGACGUGUGAAGUUGGGGGAUGCCAGGUACCUUCUCCGCCACAACAUGGCCGGUAUAAUGUCAAUACCACCACAGUACCACUCGGAGCUACGUUGACAGUCAUUUGCGAAGCAGAAUAUACUGUUCGAAACGAACACCCUAUGAGAUGUAGUAAUUUCUCGACGUGGACUGGAUCUCCGACGACGUGUGAAGGGUCGCAAACCGAUUGGCAAACGAGGGCUCUAAUUGCUGUUGUGGUUAUUCUAUGCAUAUCCCUUGUUAUGAAUAUAACAUGCUUGGUGCAAAAGUACCGAAACAAAUGUUUGUUUAAACGAGAGAAAGAAAGAAGUCAAGCUAAUAACGAGCACCAACCACUAAUGAGUCGCAACAAAAUAGAAUCACAGACUGACAUAAACACAGCUCUACCGUCAGCGCCUCCAAUGCAAACCGGACUUGAUGUAGAAGGUAGUUUGAACAACGGCAAUUGCAGACACGAUACGAACACAGCUACAAACCCUGAUAAAGACCAUAUUUCAUGUACAUGUAUCAACAGUGAAGACGAAACUAGCGGAAUAAAAAAUAGUUCAAAUGCAUCUGAUGGAAAAAUGUUAUUUCAAAUUUAUUUAAUAACGGGCACCCCUGAACCAACGAAUCAAUCUCCGAAGGAACCAGACGGUGUGGCAAAACAACCAGAUAACUUUUCCGUCGCCGAUCAGCCGGACUCAAAGAUUAUAACAAAGUCAAUGGGAGGCAGUAUACCUGAUGCUUCACCAAAAGGCCCAGUGGUUCAACCAGAAGGUGAAGGACUCGGAUCGUGGGACCCUUAAUCAUGGUGACAUUAUAAUCGGUCUUUUGUGGAAAAAAUUCAAUCAAAUUUGAACUGAAAAUGACUCAACACACAAAGCUUCAAUAGCACAAUCAUUUAUACUAAUUCGUUUUAAAAUGAUCGUGUUGAACGCGUGAAACCGUGCCAAAUAAGCAAUCAUUCCUUUAUUAAUGUUGAUGAUAUAUACAUGAUGCAAAAUACUGUUAUAAUUCGUAUCAAUCCCUGAAGAAACAAGACGGUGUGGCUAAACAACCAGAUAACCUUUAUCAUGCCGUCUCCGAUCAGACGGAAUCAAGGUAUAUAACAAAGUUAAUGGGAGGCAGUAUACCUUAUGCUUCAACAAAAGGUCCUGUGACCCAGCCAGUAGAUGAAGGAUUCGGAUCGUGGGGAAAUUGAUCUCAUUGAUAUUCGAAUCAGUGUUUUGUGCACAACGUUAAAUACAAUUUUAACUGUAAAUGACUGCAACCACAAAGUUUUGAUAAAAUAAUGUUUUUGUAUUAAUACGUUUUAAAAAUGUUGUAUCAUUUAACGCAUACAACUGUACAAAAUGAACAAGCCUUAAUUCAGCACAUAAAAACAAUUAAGUAUCAAAUUUAAUACGCACAUUUCAGCAGAAAUACAUACACAUAAAUUAUUGUAGUUCCUUCAUUAUUUGUUCAAAACAGUGCUACGUUUGCUUGUUUUCACAUUAUUGACAUUGGAUUUCAUGUGAAAUCGUUGUUUACUUACCGAUGCUUCAUUUAAAGGUGCCUACUGAGCUUUCAUGUUGCUUUCAUAUAUUAUUGGAAGAAGCUUAAUUGCUGUUUAUCGGUUAUUUUUUAGAAAUUGUAAGUGCAUUGACAACUCGAAUUUUGGUAACGGAUCCAAUCUUUUGAAUUUAAAUACGUAUAUGUUUAUUUUUGUUUAUUACUGUCUUUGUUUUUGUUUCUUUAUUAAUUAUUUGUUCAUUAUAUUGUUUGCCUUUGAAUGAAUUGCUUAACGGGCCUGUAUUUCUAUAUUUAAUCGAUUGAUUUAACUAAUGUUUUUUUUCAACCAAACAAAUUGUAUGAAAACGAAUUCUUCUUUAUUGACUAUCAACAUGACUUUGUAUUAUGAAUUAUAAUAGUUGAUGAGAUGACGUCAAACACGGUAAAACAAUGUUUGUUAUAAGCUGAACAAUCAUAUGUAAAUAAAGUCAUAUGUAAAUGUUUUUGUUUUUAAAAUGUAUUUCGAGUAUUUAUAAAUUGCACUAAUUAA